AUGGACGAUUCACUUUACGAUGAAUUCGGUAACUACCUUGGACCAGAGUUACCUGAUUCUGAUGAGGAAGAAAUUGCCCCUCAGCCUAUGCAAGACGUUGAAGAUCUAUAUGAAGAAGGGGAGGAAGAAACUAGUGGCCCGAGUAUGGCGCUUAUGGAAGUAGAUGAUGUUCCUCAGACUCAAGUUGUUCUUCAUGAAGAUAAAAAAUAUUACCCGAGUGCCGAAGAAGUCUAUGGUCCUGAAGUGGAAACUUUGGUUCAGGAAGAAGAUACUCAACCUUUAUCUGAACCUAUAAUUAAACCAAUAAAAAUCAAAAAAUUUCAACUCGUAGAAAAAAACCUUCCAGAAACAAGAUUUAAAAAAGAAUUUUUGGUGGAUAUGAUGAAUUUUCCUGAAUUGAUCAGAAAUGUCGCCAUUAUCGGUCAUCUACAUCAUGGUAAAACUUCUUUUGUCGAUAUGUUGGUUAACGAGACCCAUUCUUCAGUUGCAUGGGACGUGGAUAAGCAGGAACGUUAUACAGAUACUCAUACGUUAGAAAGAGAUAGAGGUGUUAGUAUCAAGAGUAUGCCGAUGACCCUCGUCUUACAAGACACAAAAUCUAAAUCUUACUUAUUCAAUAUUAUGGAUACACCGGGUCACGUUGAUUUUGUGGAUGAGGUUACUGCUGCGCUUCGACUUUCUGAUGGUGCAGUUAUCGUAGUAGACGCGAUCGAAGGGGUUAUGGCCAAUACUGAACGUGUUAUACGGCACGUUAUACAAGAAAAUUUAGCAUUUUCAUUAGUAGUAAACAAAGUAGAUAGAUUGAUUUUGGAAUUAAAAUUACCACCAAAUGAUGCUUAUUAUAAGUUAAAACAUACCAUUGAAGAAGUUAAUUUUAUCAUCAGUCAACACGCACAAGAUCGUGAUCUUCGCGUAUCUCCUGAACGCGGAAAUGUUUGUUUCGCGUCCAGUCAGAUGGGCUGGUGUUUUUCAUUAAAAUCAUUUGCAAAAAUAUAUUCUGAUACAUACGGCGAUAUAAGUGCUGAUGAUUUUGCAAAACGUUUAUGGGGUGAUAUUCAUUAUAAUCCCACAAAGAAAUCCUUUAGUAGAAAAGGCUUGGAAACUAAAAGCCAACGUUCUUUUGUGCAUUUCAUUCUGGAGCCUUUGUACAAAAUUUACUCUCAGGUAAUAGGAGAAGAUGAAGCGACUUUAAAAAAAACCUUAGCUUCUCUAGGUAUCUAUCUGAAGGCUUCUCACUUUCAAUUAGAUGUUAAACCAUUAUUACGGAUAGUAUUGGAUCAGUUCUUUGGUCCAGCAACUGGGUUUGCCGAUAUGGUUGUUCAACAUAUUCCGUCACCAGGAGAAAAUGCCAUUAAAAAGAUAGAACACACAUACACUGGACCGAUGGAUACAGAGGUGGCAGAGGCCAUGCGUAAAUGCGAUUCAGAUGGUCCCUUAAUGAUUUAUGUGACAAAGCUAUAUAAUUCAUCUGACGCGUCAACUUUUGACGCGUUCGGCCGUAUUCUGAGUGGAUCUGUUAGAAAAGGUCAAAUUGUAAGAGUCCUUGGAGAAGGAUAUUCAAUUGAUGAUGAAGAGGAUAUGACUAUACAAGAAAUUACGGAUGUUUGGAUUUUUGAAUCUAGAUAUAGAAUUGGAGUGGAGGGUGUACCUGCGGGAAAUUGGGUACUUUUGGGUGGCGUUGAUAAUUCAAUCGUGAAAACUGCAACGAUUACUGAAAACUCUGAUGACGAAGGGCACAAAUAUAUAUUUAGGCCUUUAUCAUUUGUUACAACUGCUGUGCUUAAAGUAGCUGUUGAACCAGUCAACCCUUCUGAAUUGCCUAAAAUGUUGGAUGGAUUACGAAAAAUUAAUAAAAGCUAUCCUAUAUUAAUAACAAAGGUUGAAGAGUCUGGUGAGCAUAUUAUUCUCGGCACAGGUGAAUUGUACCUGGACUGUGUUUUACAUGAUCUUCGAAGAAUGUAUGCUGAAAUAGAACUUAAGGUUUCGGAUCCUGUGGUUCGAUUCUGUGAAACCGUUGUGGAAACAUCGGCUUUAAAGUGUUUUGCUGAAACUCCAAAUAAAAAAAAUAAAUUGACCAUGAUAUCUGAGCCGUUAGAAAAAGGUAUCGCUGAAGACAUUGAAGCCGGUAGAGUAAGCUUAAAGUGGAAUGUUAAGAAUGUUGCAAAAUUCUUUGAAGAAAAGUAUUCUUGGGAUGUGUUGGCAUCUCAUUCAAUAUGGGCAUUCGGACCUGAUGAGAACGGUCCAAAUAUCUUGAUAGAUGAUACCUUACCCGCAGAGGUGAACAAAGGUCUUAUGAAACUUGUUCGAGAUUCAAUACGACAAGGUUUCCAAUGGGGCACUCGAGAGGGACCUCUGUGUGAUGAACGUAAGAUAUUAGAUGCCGUUAUUGCACCCGAACCUUUAUUCCGUGGUGGUGGUCAAAUAAUUCCUACAGCAAGACGCGUUUGCUAUUCUGCAUUUCUUACGGCAACACCAAGAUUAAUGGAACCAGUAUAUUAUGUUGAAAUUCAAGCACCAGCUGAUUGUGUUUCAGCCGUGUAUACAGUUUUGGCCAGGAGGAGAGGACAUGUCACGCAGGAUAUUCCAAAGGCGGGCUCUCCGUUAUAUACUGUCAAAGCUUAUAUUCCUGUAAUCGAGGCGAAUGGAUUUGAAACAGAUUUAAGAACUCAUACACAAGGACAGGCAUUUUGUCAGCAGAUGUUUGAUCACUGGCAGAUUGUUCCUGGUGAUCCGUUAGAUAAAAGUAUUGUUCUAAGACCUUUGGAACCUAGUCCGGCACAACAUUUAGCUAGGGACUUUAUGGUAAAAACUCGAAGACGUAAGGGAUUGUCCGAAGACGUUUCCGUUAACAAGUUUUUCGAUGAUCCAUUGUUACUAGCCAUGGCGCAGUCUGAUGUUCUUGGUGGAUAUACACUUUGA